UUGCCUAUUACUGAAACCAUAUUAAAGGAUUAUUAAUUACUGGCUACACCACACAGAUUACAAAUCAGCAAUCUUUUUUUCGUCAAAGAUUGUAUUUUUAUUAGUUCUCUGAAAUUCAGCGCCAUCAACUACUCAGCUCACUGAUAUGAAUGAUGUGAUAUGUGCACCUCUCACCACUGAACUAGACUAGACUAGAGUUAGUUUUAGUUAGGUGAUGUUGUAACCUGUGAUUAUCGUUUCCAAUUUGUUUCUGUAAACCAGAACUCUCAGUAAUUUAAAACUGACAAAGGGAUAUGAUGUUGAAAAACCAAGAAGUUCAUGUUAUGUCCAACAUAGGAUUUUGUGGAGUAUUUCAUUGGAGUUGAAGUUGAAUGUACAUUAAAGGGCCAAUCCUAAUUAUAUUUUAGAAAAUAAAACUGCUUAAUUUUGUGUUAAAAGCCCUUAAAAUUGUCUACCUUAGGGCCGAGCAACUGACUCAAUAUAUGUGAUACGUUUUCAAACAAAUUUAACCCGUCAGUCUUCAUAUGGAAAAGGAGGCCGGUGUUCCAAGCCGUAUUAAUACGGUGCCUGGAUAAAAACUAGACUUUUUAUUUUAUAAAAAUAACGUGGACGAGGACUCUUUUCCAAACAGGAUAUCAAAGAAGGUGAAACUAUUUUAGAUGAGACACCCCUUGUUUCCACACAGUUCCUAUGGAAUGAACUUUAUAAAUAUCAAGCAUGUGAAUAUUGUUUACGAUCUAUAGAAAAAGCUGAAGCUAUGACCAGGCGAUUGGCUAAUAAUCCAGCUUUGACAUUACCUUUCCCAGAAUGCUGUGAAGUGAAAACAGAACAAAUUGUUGUUUGUCCACAAUGCCAGAUGUUAUAUUGCAGUGAAGAAUGUCGGAAGGCAUCAUGGGACAGACAUCAUCAAGUUUUAUGUUUAGGUUCAUCAAGUCAAGAUUCAGAUCAUCCUCUGGCUAGAUUACAAGAAAUAUGGAGGAAUAUACAUUAUCCUCCAGAAACAGCUAGUAUAAUGUUAAUAUGUAAAAUGAUUGCUAUGGUAAAACAGACGUCUGAUCCUGGUUCUAUGGUUCAUAGUUUUAAUCAGUUUGUUAAAUCUACGGUUAAUGAAGAACAGCAAAUCGCUCAUAAAUUAUUAGGUCAAGAAUUUAAGGAUCAGUUAGAAUUGCUACGAUCUACAACGGCAGAAAUUCUAUUUGAUGAUUCAAUACAACAGUGGUUUACACCAGAAGGUUUUCAGUCAUUAUUUGCUUUGAUAGGAACAAAUGGUCAGGGUAUAGGAACAAGUUCAAUUAGCGUGUGGGUUAAAAAUUGUGAUGAGUUGAGUUUACCAGAAGAUAAAAGAAAGGAAUUGGAUGAUUUUAUAGAUAAAAUGUAUGAAGAAUUAGAAAAUGAAGCUGGUAUGUUUUUAAAUUGUGAAGGAGCAGGUUUAUAUCAGUUAACUAGUAGUUGUAAUCAUAGUUGUGAACCGAAUGCUAGUAUAACCUUUCCAUAUAAUAAUCAUAUAUCAUCAUUAGUAGCACUUAAAGAUAUUCAUCCAGAAGAGGAGAUAUUCAUCAGUUACAUCAAUGAAUGUGAAAGAAGCAGAAGUAGACACAGCAGACAAAAAAUCCUGAGAGAGAAUUAUAUAUUUAAUUGCCAUUGUAAGAAAUGUAAUGAUGAGGCAGAUCAACCUGAUGUUACUUCAGAAGAAGAUAUGGAAUCUGAUGAAGAAGCAGAUGAAAUGGAUAAUAAUUAAAUAAUAUAACCAAAAAAUAAAUAUAUUAAAUAUUAAAAUAUUAUUUAUAAAACAA